GUUUCAGAUUGACCCUAAAAGCUUUGUCCUGAGCGAACGACACACAUAAGAAUGGUUUUCUUUCUGUUCCUAUCCCGGUUGAAAUUGACAAGCUGAAAUUGCAUUUCUUGCAGUGCCGUCCAAAUUACUGAUGGAUGUGCGAAGCCGUAUGUGCCCAAUGCAACUACCAACCCUGCUGAACCACGUGAGUAACCUGGCUCCUCUUUGUUUCCGGUGGAAAACAGUACAUGUGAAACAUCUAUGUGUGAUGGAAUGUUGCACACCUCCGAAUGACGCGAAUCAACACUUCUGUGUAGCGUUCGACUUGUGCUUGGAACUGAUUAGAAAUGCACGCACUCCAGUGCACACUUCAUACUGCCGGCCGCAGGUAGUCAGCGAAGCUGGUCGUUUUCGUUCCAAAUGGAUUGAGAAGGCGAUGAUGCUUCUCUGCAAGAAGGGUGAAAAACCUGCUUCAUGCGAAAAAUGCUAGCACAUCAUUUGUUGUAAUACAUAUGUUGGGUAGCGUUCAUUGCUCCAGUUUGCGGUUUAAAUGUUGUAGAAUAUGUCUUCAACAUCACAUGAUGACCUCGCCAACAGCCUUGUUGAGGAAUUGAUUUUGCUGCCCAUUAUACCCUUUAUCGCGCGCUUAUCAAUUCCAUUUCGCGCUACGCUUGUGCUGGGUGCAAGGAGUCCGCCAAGAUCCGCAAGAUCCGACGAGUCAAAGCGCGAUGGCGGUACGCGAAAGAAAUAAACUACUGUAUUAUUCGUAACUGUGUAAUAUACUUAUUUUUAA